AUGAAGCCGACCUCGCUCCUCCCCCUCGCCAUCCUCCUGUUCCCCUCGGCCGCGCUCGCGACGCCGCCUCCCGAGCUGCAGGACCUCCUCUCGGCCGCCUCGGCGGCGCACACGACGCUGCCCAUCCCGGCCGGCCUCGAGUCGCGCAUGGUGCGCCGCCGCGCGGCCGAAAAGAAGCUCGACGACGAGGCCGAGCGCGUCAAGGAGCGCCUCGGCGGCGUCGUCAUCCUCCCGCCGGGCCACUUCAACCACACCGUCUCGUUCAACGGCAGCAAGUACAACGGCGCCACGAUGGACCCGUCGACGAUCCCGCAGCGUCACCGCCGCCUCAAGCGCAACUUCUGGGAGAAGGUCGAGGGCCACUUUGGGUUUGGCCCGUCGGCGACGGCCUCGGCCGCGGCGACCAAGGGCACGGGCGUCGUCGACAAGGGCAAGGCGCAGAGCGACGACGGGCGCCACUACUGGUACGUCGAGGACAGCGACGACCAGAAGCACUGGCGCGAGAAGGACGGCAAGGACGAGAAGCACGUCGACGAGGACGAGGACAAUAAGGACGACGGCAAGAAGGCCAAGCGCGACGUCGGCGACUUUUUCGACAACAUCGCGAGCGAGGUCAACGCCGACGGUGCCACGUCCGACGGCGCCUCUGCCACGUCGGCGAUCGCGUCCAAGGUCUCGUCGGCCGCAUCCGCCGCCUCGAGCGUCGCGUCGUCGACCUCGUCUGCCGCCGCCGCUGCCGCCACGUCGGCCAACAGCACCGACGCCGUGUGGUACAACCCGACGACGUGGGACGACGCCAUCACGGCCGAGUACCGCGACACCAAGCACAAGAUCAGCGAGCUGUCGGUCCUUUCGAAAGUCGGCCUCGCCGUCCUCGUCCUCGUCGCGUCGGUCCUCCUCUUUGCGCUCAUCUACUGCGCGUGCAAGCUCAACGCGCGCCGCCGCCGCCGCAACGCGGCCGAGCGCGCCCAGCACAACCUCGCCGCCGCGUCGUCGCAGGGCUCGAGCCGGUCGGCGAGUGGGAGGGCGACGCCGGCGAGCGGGCGCGGGCAGAGGAGCUUUGAGAUGGGGCGCGACACCUCCAUCCCGGUCAUGAGCUACGUCGGCCCGUCGUCGUCGUCGGCCUCGACGUCGUCGUCGUCGAGCCCGCUCGACAAGGGCAAGGGCAAGGCCGGGACCAAGGAGAAGAAGGGCAAGGGGUGGAGCCUCCUGUCGCGUGACUGAGCGGGAUGAGCUGGGCGCUGGGCGCUCGCUCGGCGGGCGGUGGGAGCGGAGGAGGAGGAGGAGGCGAGGGAGGAGCGGAGGAGGACGGGAGGGUAGAGCAGAACCCGGACACGGUCUCUCUCUUUGCUCAACUUGUAGCCAUAGCGCCAUCCACACACACCCACAUCAUAGCCACUUGUCGCUCCCUCUCCCUCAUGGACCACCAACUCUGUAGCGCUGUUCGUCUCCUUUCCGGU